AUGUCAACAAACCCACAAGAUAACGUACUAGCCACCGCUCAAGCCGGCGCUGCUGCUUCAGCAGAUGCUGCUAAACAAUCAUCAAAAUCUAAAAAGGAAAGUAAAUUACAAUUCCAAUUGAAAACUCCAAAAGGUACCAAAGAUUGGGCUGAUAAAGAUAUGGUCAUUAGAGAAGCCAUCUUCUCUUCUUUGUCAGGUCUUUUCAAACGUCAUGGUGGUGUUACCAUUGAUACUCCAGUUUUUGAAUUACGUGAAAUUUUAGCUGGUAAAUAUGGUGAAGAUUCUAAAUUGAUUUACAAUUUACAAGAUCAAGGUGGUGAAUUAACUUCUUUACGUUAUGAUUUAACUGUUCCAUUUGCUAGAUAUGUUGCCAUGAACAAUAUUCAAAACAUUAAAAGAUACCACAUUGCUAAAGUUUAUCGUCGUGAUCAACCUGCUAUGACUAAAGGUCGUAUGAGAGAGUUCUACCAAUGUGAUUUUGAUGUUGCGGGUUCUUAUGAUUUAAUGGUUCCAGAUGCUGAAAUCUUGGCUAUUGUUGUUGAAGGUUUAACAGGUUUAGGUAUAACAGAAUUCAAAGUUAAAAUCAAUCAUAGAAAAAUUUUAGAUGGUUUAUUCCAAGUUUGUGGUGUUAAAGAUGAAGAUAUUAGAAAAAUCUCAAGUGCUGUUGAUAAAUUAGAUAAAACACCAUGGGAAGUUGUUAAAAAGGAAAUGGUUGAAGAAAAAAACCAACCUGAAGAAGUUGCUGAUAGAAUUGGUGAAUAUGUUAAAUUAAAAGGUUCUUUAAGUGAAGUUUUAGAAACUUUGAAAAAAAGUGAAGCUUUAUUAGCUAAUGAAACUGCUAAACAAGGUAUUGAUGAAAUGAGUACCUUAUUGACUUACGUUCAAGCUUUUGAAAUUGAAAAAUUCGUUUCAUUUGAUUUAUCAUUAGCUAGAGGUUUAGAUUAUUACACUGGUUUAAUUUAUGAAGCUGUUACCUCAGCUUCAGCUCCACCAACCAAUGCUUCAGAAUUGAAAAAACAAAAGAAAUCAGAUGACGAAGAUGCUUCAGAAUACGUUGGUGUUGGUUCAAUUGCCGGUGGUGGUAGAUAUGAUAACUUGGUUAAUAUAUUUGCUACUGCUAAUGGUAAAAAAAAUCAAUCAAUUCCUUGUGUUGGUAUUUCUUUCGGUAUUGAAAGAAUUUUCUCAUUGAUUAAAUUACGUGAAGCUCAAAAGAAAGACUUAACCAUCAAACCAAGUGCCACUCAAGUCUUUGUUAUGGCUUUCGGUGGUGGUCCAGAUUGGAAAGGUUACUUACCAGAACGUAUGGCCAUUGCUAAACAAUUAUGGUCUCAAGGUAUUGAAACUGAAUAUGUUUACAAAGCUAAAGCUAACCCAAGAAAACAAUUCGAAGCCGCUGAAAAAUCAGGUGCUCCAGUUGCUGUUAUCCUAGGUAAAGAAGAAUAUUUAGAAGGUAAAUUAAGAGUUAAGAGACUAGGUCCAGAAUUUGCCAAUGAUGAUGGUGAACUUAUUGCCAUUGAUGAAGUUAUUACCAAAGUCCAAGAAAAAUUAGAAGAAGCUAAAGGUAGCGCUGGUGUUGAUGAAGUUACUCGUUUACUUAAAGGUUUAUAG